AUGCGACCUCCACGGAUCGCCAUCCUCGUCCUCUUCUUCGCCGCGUCCAUCUUCCUUGUCUGCCGGUCUAUCAGUUCAGCCCAGCACUCUAGCCCCGUAGCAACGUCAUCGCCACCCCAGAAGUCGUCAUUCCGAGCCUUCUUCUCGUUCACCGCGCCCUUUUCUCUUUUUCCACCAGCGGCUACAAUCACUCUCACCGACGAUAACAGCACCUAUUUUCCCGCCCGCCCCGCCGCUUUUGGGCCUUCCUUGGGUAUCGACGGGCUAAAAGGACAGCUGUGGAUAGGGAGCGGCUUUUCCGAUGAGACAUUACAGGAAGGCGAAGGGGAGGGCGAGCUCGGAUGCAGCGAUAUCCCGGGAUGGGAAGAUGGAAGGACGAAGCUGGCCAUCAAAAACGUCAUGCAGGGCUCGGCUAGUACUAAGCCUCACCCCCUUGCUCACGCCGUGAAGAACCUGAAGAUGAACGGCCUGGCAAAGGAUCCGGCCGUGGGGGACGCAGUACAAAAGAAGCGACCCCAUUCCGAAACCAAACACACCAAUGAUGGGACAGACGACUAUCUCCACCAACAUUUUCAGCAGACAAGAAACCCUUAUAGCAAGGAGCCGAUCACGGGUUCGAAUCACGCCGACAUUCAGUCUAUGCAAGAAACUGCGGAGAUCACGGGCAAGGUUGCUCUCCUGAGCCGAGGUGGCUGCGGCUUUCUCGAAAAGGUCAAAUGGGCUCAGCGUCGGGGCGCCAUCGCUCUCAUUGUGGGCGAUAACCAAAAGGGGGGCCCUUUGAUCCAGAUGUUCGCCCGGGGCGAUGUUGAUAACGUUACAAUUCCCUCGGUUUUUACCUCGCGGACAAGUGCUCAUUUGCUCUCAUCGCUCAUGCAGUCUGUAAGUUUUGACAAUGGCGCCCUGAGCAAGAAGAUGGAUCCUUUGCGAAAAGAACCGCACUCGACCAAGGCCGAGAGAAAUAACGACUCGAAAAAAUCACCAUUAUCGACGAGGCAUGUUUCCAAGAUUACAACCACGACAGUAUCUGCAAGAGGAAACACCAUACCGAAACCCGAGAAUUCAAUUGUGGCUAAGAGAGGCUGGUUUUCCCGACUAUUCCGUUGGGGGGAUGGCGAGGGUACCUCUGUUGACACCAAUCGGCCGCCAACAAGCGGCCGCCUAGACUGGAUUCCUGUUGGCGAUUGGGAUGAUGAGCCUGACAAGCUUACUGAGGCCAGCGUUGACAAGGCAUCGAAGGCUGGUGCCAAAGGCUCUUCCACGUCGCCUGGGGACGGUUUCCAAAUCGGAGUCCAGGAUUGGCGUGACCCUGACCUCGCGGGAUCGACCGCAGAAAGCAGCGAGGUGUCCAGCUCCCAAGGGUUGGCCAAUGGCAAUGGCCGAUUGAGUAGCGCUGAGACGUUCGCUGGUCAAGCUGACAAGAAGACUGGCUACAACCCACCCACGGAGGUCAAUGGGCCCAGAGGCGGGAGCAUCACUCCCAGCAGCGGAGAGUAUGUGCCCGGAACUGUGGGAAACUCGGCUACUCCAGGGUCCGGGAAAUCACAGUCCUCUUCUAGCCCACGAGGUGGACUUCUGUCAAAGAUUUUUGGCGGUGACGACGACAGCGCAGAGGACACAACAGUCGGCACACCGGACGAGACCCGACAUUCCUCAGCCACGAUGCCACGUCCUGAUCCUUUGUCCCCUGCUAGUAACAGUGCUCGCGAAGGCCUCUGGGUCACCAUUGCGCCCUCGAGCGGCUCCAACCCUUUUUUCGACACUCUCCUAGUUUUGGUUGUCAGCCCUUUGAUCACACUAACGGUCGUAUACGCUUUACUCAUAUUGCGGAUAAAGAUCCGGAUGCGAAGGUGGAGAGCCCCCAAGUCUGUGGUAGAUCGACUCCCAGUCCGAACGUACCACACGGUCGCCCCUUCGCCUACCCCAUCACCGAGGACUCCCUCACCAAGGACACCUUCACCUACAAGCUCUUCGCCCACAACGCCGCUGCUACAAGGCUCUUCGAGAUCACGGCCACGAUCUCGCGCUUCCCCGGGUGUCCCCGAUCAGGGAGACCUAUUUACCGCAGGUAGCUCUACUCAGUCCGUGCGGCGGCCUUCUCGCGAGAAGAAUUCACAUGGAAUAUCUAGCGAAUGGAAAAAGCACAUGGGUAAGCAGGUUGAGUGUGUUGUCUGUUUGGAAGAAUAUGUCGACGGCGUGAGCAAGGUGAUGAGUCUCCCCUGCGGACACGAAUUUCACGCGGAGUGCAUAACUCCAUGGCUCACCACCAGACGACGCACAUGCCCAAUUUGCAAGAACGACGUUGUACGGUCGCUUGCUCGGGGUACUUCAUCGGGGCCACAGUAUGAGCCGUUCCAUGAGGACGGUUACGAGAGCCCCGAGGAGUCCUCCCGCAUGUUCCAAGAGAGGAUCCCUUCUCCAAACCAACUUGAGGAUCUUGAGCGAGGCCCUUCCUUUAGCCAAUCAGCCAGAGACGACUGGCGCGGACCCAUCCACGAUGUCUGGUACAGCACCCUGGCAAGCCGUUUUGGAGGAAACUCGUCCUUUUCGACAAGACGGGGGAAUUCAGGGGAAGAUCGCGGUCGAUGA